AUGGCCGAAAAAUAUGUUGGAACUGAAAAUAACGUUCAUGCUGAACGUGGUUUCAAUGUGAGAGAUGCAGUUCCCAACAAAAUUAUAGAAAAAAAUUCUAUACUUUCUCUGGGUCCCAGUAGAAAGAAAGAACCCAUAAACCAUCAGGCGGUUACAUUUAAAAGUGAACCAAAGAGAUUUUCAGAGCAAAUCUCACAGUCGGAGAAAUCAUCGUCCAAUCGUUCUAAUAUUCAAUUCGAUCACAAAAUUUAUCAAAAAGAAAUCCUUGAGCUACAAGAAGGAAAAUUUAAAUUUGAAAAACUGAAUGUGAAAAAGUUGGAUAUGCUGGAAAUACAACCUGAAAAAACGAGCAGAAGUUUAAGUUUCAAAGAAUACUUCAACAAAAAAAUUUCAAACAAAUUUUCAAACUUUUGGAAAAAUGAUGGCUCAAAAAAUUUAGAACCUGCAAAGAAAAAAAAGGACAAAAAAUCUCCAAAAAAUGAAUACAAAUUAUCUUGCCAUUCCAAUUCACCUUCCUGUCGUUACAAACUACACAAACCUGUCCCGUACAACGAGCUGCUACAUUAUGGCUACAAACAAGAAGGGGAUGCGUCGGAUUUGAUUUCAAGCAAAAGCUUUAUAAAAUUAGAAAAAAUUCAUCCAACUGAAAAAGCACUAAUGGAAAAGGAUGAUCGACUAAAACUGUUUAAAAUGUCUCGGGGUCAGGCAAUUGAUGAUGGUAAUAAGGGAAAGGUUGCUGGACCUCAAGACGAUGAAGUUGCUCUUUUUGCUGAGUUUGAUGAAACCGAUGGUGAAGAUGAACGGAAAACGAAAUUUAAGAACAUCGGAAAAUUCUUUCAAAUCCAGAAAUAG